GUUCUGGAAAAGAAUGGCGUCUUGGGGGUUCUGGAAAAGAAUGGUCGUGUAAGACUCUAAAAAGCCCUACUUACACUUUUCCACCACUCGGAAGAGUCCAGAGAAGCGAAAACAAGCGGUUUUCCACCGCAUCUUCUCUCUCUUCCACCGUCUUCUCUCUCCUCUAUUCAGAUGGAAGGCGGUGGAGAAGAACCGAUCCAUCAUGAUCCUCACUUCUCCCCUCUCGAGGAGGAAUCAUCGAUCACGGAUCCUCUUUCCGACGAACUUCCUCCUCCGACGACCACCUCAGCUCCCCCAACCCUAACCGAUGACCUUCGCGAUAACAUCAUCAAACAGGUGGAAUACUAUUUGAGUGAUGAAAAUUUGAGAACCGACAAGUUUUUGUUGAAGUAUCUUGCGAAGGACGAGGAAGGCUAUGUUCCUAUAGCAGUUAUCGCUUCUUUUAAGAAAAUGAAGAAGCUGACACAUCACAAAUCACUCAUUGUGGCUGCACUUAAGGAAUCUUCUCUUCUGACUUUAAGUUCAAAUGAGAAGAAGGUUAAGCGCAUUCAUCCUUUUCCAUUGACUGAGGUUUUGGAUCCAGAGCUGUGCACCGUUCUGGUAGAGAAUCUUCCAGAGGAUCACACAAUAGAGAACAUGAAGAAGAUAUUUUGCCAUGCGGGAACUAUCAAGAAGAUUACUAUUCAUGAAGAAAAUGCUACAAGGGAUCCAAAAAAAUGUAGUAUUGAGGAGAAGCUUCUGAGUGGUAAGUUGUAUGCAAGUGUGGAAUAUGAGACUGUUGAGGCUGCUGAGAAGGCGGUUGCUACUUUAAACAAUGAGCAUGACUGGCGACAUGGCAUGCGAGUCAAGCUUCUCAAGCGGAGGGUCAAGAAUACACAGAAGAAAAAGGGACAUGACCCUGAGAAGAAAAACAUCCAUGUAGAAUCUCCCGGUGACAAGGAGAUCCAACAAUCAGGUGAGCACCAUGAUGAUAGAACGGAUGAAGAGCAUGCACACCAUGACGGGGACCAUCAAUCCAAAGAUAAGAAUGGAAACCGUGGUCAAAACAGUAGACGUUCUAGGAAACCGAAGCAUCAUGGACCUAGUGGCAUGGGUCAUGGGACAGCGUUCCAUAACCACGGGGUUGAAAUUUCUAAGCCGCCUCCUGGACCAAAAAUGCCAGACGGUACAAGGGGAUUCACAAUGGGACGUGGACGGGCUCUAAGUUGACAUUUGCGUGCCCGAUCUUGCCUUUGUCCAGGUUAUUUUUUUAUGCACCAAAUAUGCAAUCAAAAUCUGGAUUGGGGCCUCACAAAAUGUGCAGUCAUCUGCAAACUUGAAUGAUUGUGGAUUAUUUUAUUUUUGUGUUGCUUUGUAACAUAUGGCUGCUUAAGUUUAUGGUGUUUACAUGGUGUGGGUUGUAAUGUCAACAUUUUCUAUAAUAUGGGUUCAUAGUUCAUACAA